UUUCGAAUCCUAACCGACAAUCCGAUCCGGCAUUCCUAGUGUGUAGUGAUAAAAUUCGUUUUGUUGCCGCGGAAGAAACAUCGCCGUCCGUCGUGUCCAGUACACGAAUUGAACAUUACCGACUUAUCGUCGUCCGUCGUUAUCAUGUGCCGCCGCCGUUGCGAACUCACGCCGGAAGGAGGCAUAUCGUCGGCGUGAUCCACAAAAAUUCGUCGUGUUUAUUACGCGAUCUAGAAACGUCGUCGGCGCGACGUUUGCGCGCGUUUCAUCAACUAUUCUAUAAAUUCGACUGUCCACCGGAACAGAUAAUCAAAAAGAAAACAAUGGCAGACAUAUCUCUAAAAGAAUCUCCUUGUUACAACAAUUCUAUAGUAACUACCUCAACACCUUACAAAAGCAUAAAUGACAGCGGCUACAGUUCUCCAUGUUAUACUAUUUCCUCUAAUCUCAGUCAGAUAUCUGAAGUAUCUAUUUCAUUUGAUCAUACACCAUCAGAUAUUGAUUCACUUCAGUUAUUGUCACCAACUCAUGAUUUUACCCUAGAUAAAAAUGAUAGGAAAUUAGAAGAUAUUACUAAUACAGUAGAGUCUCCUACAAAAAAACUAAAAUUGUGUUCUAACUUGGAAUUGGGCUUUCGUUUACAUGAAACUUCAAACAAUGAUAACAGUCAGUUCUUAAAAAGAAAAAACCAUACUCCACCAAAAAAUGUCAACCGUGAACGUAUUUCUAUAGAAGGUCGAGAAAAAGUUGACUUAAUGUAUUUUCUAUCGGAGCGCUAUCAUUUCCAACCAGUCAUUGAAAAAAUAUUAUCUUUUUUAUCUGGUAGUGAUAUUAUGUCAAUGACUAUGGUAUCUAAAAUUUGGUGUACUGCUAUUGAAAAUUCUCCAAUUGCUCAAAAAAAGAAACAAAAGUAUUUUAAAUUAUCAAAAGAAAAUCGCUGUGGAUACGUUGGUCGAGACCGUUCAGCGUUUAACAAUAAAGGAUGCCUGGCUAAUAUUAGCAAUGUAAUGCGUUCUCCAUCAAAAAGAGAAUUACCUCAAAGAAGUCCACCUGUCAGUCCGAGUAAAUAUAGAUUCCACGUAUUUCAAAAAGAAGCCAAAAAAUUAAGUUCAGAUCAGCAAUUGGUUCCAUGUCCACGCUGUUCAAGGCCAGCAUCAUGGUCACCCUCCCAAUCAACUCGAGCAGAAUGUAAAGGUUUUCAUUGUAAAUUCAUAUUCUGCACAGAGUGUAAAUGUGAAUAUUCUAACAAAUUUGAACACAAAUGUUUAUCUAUGCCAAUUUUAUCAAUGUCAUCAUAUAACUGUCGUCCAAUGGUAUAUAAUUUAUCCAAAAGAAAACAUAAUUUGCGAAGACUGUAAGUAAAUAUAAUAUUUUUUCAAAACAUUUUACCUCUCGACAGUGUCUUAAAGUGUUACCUAAACAUUUGGAGUUGUAUGCUUUAUUAAAAAUGUAUUUGUAAUGGUAUGAGAAUCAUAAUUUUUUUAUAUGUUGUUGUUAUUAAUAUAAUUUUUUUUUUCAAUGUUCUGACCAAUUUGGUUUUUUAUAU